UUUGUUUCAAAUGUCUAGUUUUUUUUUUUUUUUUUUUUUUUUUUAAAUAGAGUCCUUUACGCUUUAAAUACGGGGUAUUAUCACUGAUUUGCAGUGAUAUACUUAUAGCUGUGAUAAUUAUUGAAGAUUCACUGUCUUUUAGUGAUGUCGACUUCAGAAUUAGCGUAUCACUGAUCAGUGUAUUUAUUUCACUGAUUGAUAAGUUACAAGUAUACCACUGAAAAUUAGUAAUAAAUAACGUUUGCUUUAGAUAUGCUGUACUCUUUAAAUGGCAAUCAGGGUAUUAUCACUGUUUUGUAGUGGUAUACUUAUAACUGUGAUAAUUAUUGAAAAUUCACUGUCUUUUAGUGAUGUCGACUUCAGAAUUAGCGUAUUAUCACUGAUCAGUGUAUUUAUUUCACUGAUUGAUAAGUUACAAGUAUACCACUGAAAAUUAGUGUAUAAAUAACCAGACUUUAGAAUGAGCGAAUUUAGAAUUAUUAUUACUGAUCAGUGUAUUUAUUUAACAAUUGAUUGAUAAGUUAUAAGUAUACCACUGAAAAUUAGUCCAUUUUUAUUGUUCACUGAUGAAAAUUUAUAGAGUACGUUAAAAUUCUCCAAUAAUCUUUCAUAAUUUUUUAAAAAUAUUUCUCCAUAUCCUUUUUUUCAGGAACUUGUUGCGUUUUUCAUUUUUGUCAUAACUUUAUUAUCACGAACGCAAUUUGCAUAAUUUUUUAAUAUUUGUUUAGAGAUGCUGAAAAAUUGCUCAAAUCACAAUUAUCGACGUUGCAAGAUUCUUUUGCGAAUUUAAUGCCUGCCUUUAGGAUAGUGUGUUAAAGUGGUCUGAUGUUAAAGUGCGCGUGUAGUUGUGUCAAUCUUGAAGAAAAAUAGUUUGACACAGCUACACGCGCACUUUAACAUCAGAUCAUUUUAACACACUAUCUUAAACACAGCGUGUAGACCAGGCGUAAGCUUUCGUCAUUGCGCGAAAUAUUUGAAUCGAUUGUGCGUCGAUCAUCUCGAUGUGUGCGAUUGUUUCUCGACUUUUUGGACUUCUGAAUGCCGCGUAGCAUGGCCCCGCUUUACGAUGGUCACGACUACUAUAAGAAAAUGUUCGAGCUUCAGGAGAAGUUACGGAAGAGCGAGGAAGAGAGAAUACGUUUGGAGGAGCGAUUCAAUGUACUCAUGCGAGAAUCUCAUAACAGACACGAUGUCUGUAUAAAUCGGUUGCGCAUAAGGUACAUACAAUAUUUGGAAGAGCAACGCACAAGGGAUGAAAGGAAUCAUAAGCUUCUUGCAGCGUUGGACAAAGUUAUGAACAAACUUGCGCUGAUAAGCGCGAAAAAAGACAGACUCAAUGUUCUCAGGAAACAAUACGAGGCCUAUCUACUUCGUGCUUACGCCAAUCAUCGGCCGCCCGGUAGCGUCACCGGAGACAGUGGUAUCGCUAGCCAAAAUGAAGAUAAACACACGAAGAAAACCGUUAUGAUGGCACAUCCCGAUUUAGCACCUGCGGAAGCGAGAGGCGUUUUGUCACCGCGAGUACAUCUGGGAGCGCCUGAUCGUCAAUCGAGUCAGCCAAGGUCUAUCUCCGUGUCAAAGUUCCACGAUCAAACUGCUGUAGGCUCGUUGAAUAAUCCUCCGAUGUGGAUGACUACGCCAGUAGAUGCAACCUUCGAUGUCGAUCAUCGCCAAACGAAUGCUCCACGUGGACCACAUAUUUAUGGCCCUGUCCCGAACGCCCAGUAUCCGCAGACGAUACCGUUCAAUUACAACGAAAGCGCGCCACGCAGUCUUCAGCAUAUUCCGGACAUUCGUGUUUCAUACGCGGAAGCGCCGGUUUUGUCAGUGGCGCAUUCUUCGGACAAUAUACAGCCCCAUGCUGUCCCCGCUAAUCGAUUCUUCAGAGAGCACAUGGAAUCGGUGCAAGCUGCGUCCGGUCUCUCGGCAACCGCACAAUUUCCCGUAGGAAGUACCGUGCGCUAUGCAGAGACGUCGCGGAACGUACCUGUUCCACGCCAAUUCGAUCCCUCGACCUUACUUCAGUAUCACAACGCCAAUAUGUUGGUGUCUGAUCCGCGAUUGCAGGUAAAAAAUCCGUCCGAUACUGCGACCGUGGAACCGAGUUUGGUGACGGGGAAGUCAAGUACGUAUCGCAUGGAACCCGACGUGAAUGUCGUUAAUCAGAUUGGUUCGCUGCCGGGAUACAUGGACUAUAUCCUGGCGAGUUCGCAGAAGUCUGACGACGAAGGAUCAGCUCGUUCCAUCACCAGUGAGGACCUGGACGGUCUGAUAAGGCGCAAUGAACGAUUGCUAUGGGAGAACGCGGAUGUUGUCAAGACUCCGCGUCGAUCACCAACCGCCUUGGGAAUGGAUAACGUUAAUCUGGAUGAGAACGGCAGGACGACGAUACUGGAGAACGAAUUGGAUCGAUAUAUCAGCAACAUCCGAAAACUCCAUAGGGAGCACGCCGUGCAGAGCUUGGAUGACCUGGACCACGAGCAGAAUACUAGUGGCGAUCUGUUGAACGUUUCCUUGUCGGAGGACGCUCUGGAGCUCCCGGUCGAGGAGAGAGUGAGGAAGGAGCGGGUGCCAGAGGAAAUGGGCAAGAUUCUAGCACUGGCUAGCGACCUCGCAUCCAGGACGGCGACUCUGAAAGAGGUUGCGCGAGAUUCAACCGCGAUUGAAAACGAUAGCUCAUCCAAGGAAGUCGGGGACGGAAUUAAACAUCGCGAGAUUGCAAAAAGCGAAGCGUCGGAGUUUAAAGGAAAAUGUGAAACUGAAGGACGCGCGACAUCAACAAGAAACAAAAUUAGAAAAGACGUUGCGACACACUCAAUGAAAUUAGAACAGCCGCGCGGAGACGCGAAGAUUGCGAAGGAGAACUGGAAUAACGUGACCGAUUCAGCCGGGUCGCGGGAGCACGAUCGGCAGGUAUCUAUUACGAGAAAAGACAACGCGGACAAGGAAACAAUUACCAGUCACAGAUUACGAAUCGACGAUCCGAAAAAUAUGUCGAAUGAAAAACAACUCGAUCUUGCAACUGGUAAAGAAUCGAAUACCGAGGAGCUGUCGGAUGCCGUCGAGGAGUUGGCGCCACAAGACCUUGCGAGUAUGCAAAAAAAGGUUGGCGAGUUACGUUUGGACGAUUUUGAUGGAGCGAUGGAAAAACAUGCCGAAGAUACUGUGGAGCAAGUCAGAGAAGAAGUUACGAGCAAAUCGUGCGAUUCAUCACAAUUCGCUGAGCAAAACGGCGUGGAUAACGAAAUCGAAAACGCCCGUUCUUCGCAGGAUGCGCUUCCUCGCUUGGAAACGAAAAAAUUGGAUGCGAACGAAACAAAUAAGACUGAGAGGCAAAACGAAACAGAUGGACCUAUCGAGGAUGCUCAAAGCGUGCCCUCUAAAAUAUUGAGUCAAUAUUUAGCCGAUGAACCUAAGAUCGCGUCACAGCCAGAUGAGAAACUUGGUGAACCAGGUGAAAAUGACAGAAUAAAACAAGAUGAGGUGACAGAACUUCGAUCCGAUGAUCAAUCCGAAGGCGUAAAAGAGUACAGUGAGGAACAAGAACACGUCGAGGAUCCGAGCCAAGCGCAGCAGUACGAGCAACAAGAUCCAAAUCAGCAAUAUUACGAUCCAAAUAUUCCGUAUGAGGCUGGUAACGAGGUAUAUGAGGGAUAUGAUCAAGGUUACGCACAAGAAGGUCAAGAUUACGUCGAGUACGUGGACGGUCAGUACGAGCAGUAUCCCGAAGAUCUCAGUAAUCAACAGUAUCAACACUAUUCUGACGCACAGUACGAGCAGAAUUCGAAUCAAGCAUAUAAUUAUACCUACGAUCCCAAUCAGGGAUACGGAGAUCCUAACCAGCAAUAUGACCCCAAUCAAGGAUACGAGAAUAAUCCUGAUAAUCGGGCGUACGAUUAUACCGAGCAAGUUGCUUACGAUUCCAAUCAAACGUAUAACGCAUAUGAACAAGAAUACAAGGAGGAACAGUGCAAUCCCGAUGACGACGUUAAGGAUCGCGCGGAGAAACCGGAAACGGAAGAUGUCUCGCAGAGACAGGCAAAUCCGGAGCCGGACCAUCACAAAUCGGACGGAGAUGGGACUAAAUUGCAGCAGGCGGAUGCUGCUAACGAAGCGAAUCAGCCGAAGAAGAAGGAUGUGAUCAAGUCUCUCCUGGAUUCCGACACGGAUUCGACGAUUGAAAGAAAUGUUUCGAACACGGAGAGUGAUUUCGAUUUCAAUUAAGAUACGCGAUGCCUUAAGAGAAUAUUGAAUUUGUUAUGGAUGAAGAAAAAUUACAAUGAUGAAAUUUUGUUAAAUAAAUGAGAUCCUACAACUGCGUUUUUAAAUGCCGAUAUAAAUGUGUCGGUGGAAGAGAUGGAUAUGACUCAUGAUACUGAUGUUGUUAAAAUAUGCGACGAGAGAAGAAAAUACGCAGUUAAUAGGAAAAUAAGUUAAAAGUAAAUGUGAGACAAAUGUGAUCCGAGAAUGAACGUGACUGAAUCUUGGAUGAAUUUCAAAAACGAAUUUUAUAUUUGCGAAAAAAUACCUGGAAAUGGAUAGUAAAUUUAAUUUUAAUUAGUUUUAAUUAGAAUCUACGAGUUGUAAAAUGGCAAGAUUAAUUAAUUUUGUUGGAAUUUUGCUUGCUGCCGUAAAUAUAAUAUUUACAUCAUCUAGGUAUAGAAUAAAGUGGUGAAACAAGAUGCAAGUGAAAUGUUAUUUUGCUUGGACAUUUUAUUUUUGAAUAUGCAGUUUGCGACAUAAUUGGAAUAUAAUUAAUUGUACAGGUACAUCUGUAAAUGUAAAAUUUAAAUUUAAAUUAAUUAAAUUAUAAAAAUAUUUGACAUAUAAAAUUUAUUAUUUUAUUUAUUUAUGAGUAUUUUAUUUAUUUAUUAUAUAGAUGUCAUAUAGAUAUUAAGUUCGAGAAAAGAUAUGCUAAGAAAAAAAUUCCACAUGCAAAAAAAAAGAA